UGCCACGUGGCAUGUUAUUCUAUUUACACGUGGGUAGAAUUUAGGGGUACACGUGGCGCUAGGGCUUUGUGAAUUUGAUUCUUGGCAUGGCGGGGGAGGAAGAGAGGAGCGGCAUUGGCGGCGCAGUGGCGUUCGUAGGGAGGAUCUUGGCGCUCCUUACCGCUCAAGAAGCUGUGGAGAGAUUCGUGUGCGAGGAAUACGAGAGAUCGAUUCGCUACAUUCGAUCAAUGCUCGUGCCGGACGUCGCUCCGCGCCCGCUGCCUCCAUCGCCGAUAAUCUUGCACCAGCAGCAGCUGGAGAAGAGGAUGAUGAAGAGUGGCGCGUCUUCCAAAGUCAAGCAACCAAUUCGUGGAGUCGCGAUCAAGAAGAAACCUUUGGACAGCAAGGUUGGUUACAACAGUGCGAUCGCUCUCAAGCAUCCCGUGUCCCCUGACUCUACGAGCUUGUCUUGUUCUUCCAUAGAGUUCUCUCCAGCGUUUGAGAGUUUGCUCCGGUGGUCCAAAGAACAGGACGGUAACAGAGCAAAGGACGCUACUGCAACCUGUCUGAUCGCUUUAAAAGGAGGGAGGUUGUCGCGGCAGAGGAUCUCACAAGGUGAAAAGAGAUUCAUUGCUCAGCUUGGUAGAUUGGAAAAUGGCACCCCUUCUUACCAGAUCCAAGACAUGCAAAUGCAUCUCGGGAAACUGAUUCAAACUUGUAAAAGCAAAACUGUCGGCUUCUUGCUGAGAAUCGCUCCUGAGCCUAGAGUUUCAAAGCAUCGAGAUACAUGUAUGAUUGCUCUUUUGAGGGAGUGCUCGAGAGAAGGAACCAGUCUUGUGGACUUGAAAGGACGAAGGAUACUAAACGAUCGUCCCCAUAGCUAUGAUAAACUCUGGAUGUACAAGAUUCCAGGUGUUGCGAAGAUCCUUGAGCGAAAUUUGACUCCUCUAAACAUCGGGACUGGGGGAAUUGUCUACAAUGAUCCAAAGCAACUUUCACGGGUUCUGGUACUUAUUCAACGCUUGGAGAUAGUCCUCAUACGAUGGUAUCUGGAAGCAGGCGUUGGAGAAUUUAUUGAGAAGGCUACCAGGAGUAAGUUUGAUCUUAGACACUGCACACUGGCACACACACUCUUGUGCAAGGAAGGCAGGCGCUCUUUGGUGAUUGCCCAGAGAGAUUGAUUUGGAUAUGCUUAGGCAAUGAACAGCUUUUUAUGAUCUGUUGUAAUGAACGUUUUUGUUUCUUUGCA